GAGCGGGGCGGUCGCGGCGGCCGGGGCUGCUGAUCCUGCAUCGGACCUGGGAGCCGGCGGCGGCCGGGCGCCGAGCAGUGUGUCUUCUAGCCUGAAAAAGUCUUCCAUGAAAACUUCACUUUUUAAAAAUAAGUAAUGUCAUCUGGUUUCCUAAAAGACUGAAAUAUGAAGGCCGUCGUUUCGAGGAUAUAUUCCAAGGAGUGGGAUUCAUAUGUCAUAUGGUACGUCUGUUUCUAGCUUUUUGAGGAAGCGUCAAAUUGAUUUCCAAAAUGGUUGUACCAUUUUUUACCAGCAGUGGGGCCCCAUGGUUAUGAAUGUGCAUCAACUUCAUAAUGCCUCCUGCUAUGGCAGACAUUCUUGACAUCUGGGCAGUGGAUUCGCAGAUAACAUCUGAUGGCUCCAUACCUGUGGAUUUCCUUUUGCCCACUGGGAUCUAUAUCCAGUUGGAGGUACCUCGGGAAGCUACCAUUUCUCAUAUUAAGCAGAUGUUAUGGAAGCAAGUUCACAAUUACCCAAUGUUUAACCUCCUUAUGGAAAUUGACUCCUAUAUGUUUGCAUGUGUGAAUCAAACUGCCGUAUAUGAGGAGCUCGAAGAUGAAACAAGAAGACUCUGUGAUGUCAAACCUUUUCUUCCAGUUCUCAAAUUAGUGACAAGAAGUUGUGACCCAGGGGAGAAAUUAGACUCAAAAAUUGGAGUCCUUAUAGGAAAAGGUCUGCAUGAAUUUGAUGCCUUGAAGGAUCCUGAAGUGAAUGAAUUCAGAAGAAAAAUGCGCAAAUUCAGUGAGGAAAAGAUUCAGUCGCUUAUAGGAUUGUCAUGGAUGGACUGGCUGAAGCAAACAUAUCCACCAGAGCACGAACCAUCCAUCCUUGAAAACUUAGAAGAUAAACUUUAUGGAGGGAAGCUCAUUGUGGCUGUUCAUUUUGAAAAUUGUCAGGAUGUGUUUAGCUUUCAAGUAUCUCCUAAUAUGAAUCCUAUAAAAAUAAAUGAAUUGGCAAUCCAAAAACGUUUGACUAUUCAUGGGAAAGAAGAUGAAGUUAGCCCUUGUGACUAUGUGUUGCAAGUCAGUGGGAGAGUAGAAUAUGUAUUUGGUGAUCAUCCGCUGAUUCAGUUCCAGUAUAUCCGGAACUGUGUAAUGAACAGGACCCUGCCCCAUUUUACACUUGUGGAGUGCUGUAAGAUCAAGAAGAUGUAUGAACAGGAAAUGGUUGCCAUAGAUGCUGCCAUAAAUCGAAGUUCAUCCGACCUUCCUCUUCCUUUACCACCAAAGAAAACGCGAAUUAUUUCUCAUGUUUGGGAAAAUAAGCACCCUUUCCAGAUUGUCUUGGUUAAGGGAAAUAAACUUAACACAGAAGAAACUGUAAAAGUUCACGUCAGGGCUGGUCUUUUUCACGGUACUGAGCUCCUGUGUAAAACCGUCGUAAGUGCAGAGAUAUCAGGGAAAAGUGAUCACAUUUGGAAUGAACCACUGGAAUUUGAUAUUAAUACUUGCGACCUGCCAAGAAUGGCUCGAUUAUGUUUUGCUGUUUAUGCAGUUUUGGAUAAAGUUAAAACGAAGAAAUCAACUAAAACUAUUAAUCCCUCUAAGUAUCAAACCAUCAGGAAAGCUGGAAAAGUGCAUUAUCCUGUAGCCUGGGUAAAUACAAUGGUUUUUGACUUUAAAGGACAGUUGAGAUCUGGAGACAUAAUAUUGCACAGCUGGUCUUCAUUUCCUGAUGAACUUGAAGAAAUGUUGAAUCCAAUGGGAACUGUUCAAACAAAUCCAUAUACUGAAAAUGCAACAGCUUUGCAUAUUAAAUUCCCAGAGAAUAAAAAACAACCUUAUUAUUACCCUCCCUUCGAUAAGAUUAUUGAAAAGGCAGCUGAGAUUGCAAGCAGUGAUGGUGCUAAUGUAUCAAGUCGUGGUGGAAAAAAGUUUCUUGCUGUACUAAAAGAAAUCUUGGACAGGGAUCCCUUAUCUCAACUAUGUGAGAAUGAAAUGGACCUUAUUUGGACUUUGCGACAAGACUGCAGAGAGAAUUUCCCACAAUCACUGCCAAAAUUAUUGCUGUCUAUCAAGUGGAAUAAACUUGAGGAUGUUGCUCAGCUUCAGGCACUUCUUCAGAUUUGGCCUAAAUUGCCCCCCCGGGAGGCCCUGGAGCUUCUGGAUUUCAAUUAUCCAGACCAAUACGUGCGGGAAUAUGCUGUGGGCUGCCUUCAACAGAUGAGCGAUGAAGAACUCUCUCAAUACCUUUUACAGCUGGUGCAGGUGUUGAAAUACGAGCCUUUCCUGGACUGCGCCCUCUCUCGGUUCCUGUUAGAAAGGGCGCUGGCUAACCGGAGGAUCGGGCAGUUUCUGUUCUGGCAUCUGAGGUCAGAAGUACACAUCCCUGCUGUCUCAGUACAAUUUGGUGUCAUCCUUGAAGCAUACUGUCGGGGAAGCGUAGGCCACAUGAAAGUGCUUUCCAAGCAGGUUGAAGCACUAAAUAAGUUAAAAACUUUAAAUAGUUUAAUCAAACUGAAUGCAGUGAAGCUAAACAGAGCCAAAGGGAAGGAGGCCAUGCACACCUGUUUAAAACAGAAUGCUUACCGGGAAGCCCUCUCUGACCUACAGUCGCCUCUGAACCCAUGUGUCAUCCUCUCAGAACUCUAUGUUGAAAAGUGCAAAUACAUGGAUUCCAAGAUGAAGCCUUUGUGGCUGGUGUACAACAACAAAGUGUUUGGUGAGGAUUCAGUCGGAGUGAUUUUUAAAAAUGGUGAUGAUUUACGACAGGAUAUGUUGACACUUCAAAUGCUGCGCCUGAUGGAUCUACUCUGGAAAGAAGCUGGUCUAGAUCUUCGGAUGCUGCCUUAUGGCUGUUUAGCAACAGGAGAUCGCUCUGGCCUGAUUGAAGUUGUGAGCACCUCUGAAACAAUUGCCGACAUUCAGCUGAACAGUAGCAAUGUGGCAGCUGCUGCAGCCUUCAACAAAGAUGCCCUUCUGAACUGGCUUAAAGAAUACAAUUCAGGGGAUGAUCUGGACCGAGCUAUUGAGGAGUUUACCCUGUCCUGUGCUGGCUACUGUGUAGCUUCUUAUGUCCUUGGGAUUGGUGACAGACAUAGUGACAACAUCAUGGUCAAGAAAACUGGCCAGCUCUUCCACAUUGACUUUGGACAUAUUCUUGGAAACUUCAAGUCUAAAUUUGGCAUUAAAAGGGAGCGAGUGCCUUUUAUACUUACCUAUGAUUUCAUUCAUGUCAUUCAACAAGGAAAAACAGGAAACACAGAAAAGUUUGGCCGGUUCCGCCAGUGUUGUGAGGAUGCAUAUCUGAUCUUACGACGGCAUGGGAGUCUCUUCAUCACUCUGUUUGCACUGAUGUUGACUGCAGGGCUUCCUGAGCUCACAUCAGUCAAGGAUAUACAGUAUCUCAAGGAUUCUCUUGCCUUAGGGAAGAGUGAAGAAGAAGCACUCAAACAAUUCAAGCAAAAAUUUGAUGAGGCACUCAGGGAAAGCUGGACUACUAAAGUAAACUGGAUGGCCCACACAGUUCGGAAAGACUACAGAUCUUAACCAUCAGCCUUUGCUCUUAAUAUAUUUGUUGGUUUCAUUUAGUUUUCAUUUUGCACUUGCACUAAAUUGAACAUGACCCUGCCAGAGAUGUUAUAAAGGGAAUGAAAUCCUGGAAUUCAGUUAAAAGAAGAUCAAGGCAUUCCACAGAACUUAACCUGAAAAGUCCCUGAUGAUCACCCUUCGCUUAUUGAAUGCUUGAUCGAGACUCAUCAUGAAAAAUGUCAACAUUAUGGAUAAUCACUUCCUGCUGAUUUUGCACUCCAAGGAAUGCUACUAGAGAUUUUUUUCCUUAUUAUAAUUAUUUUUUAAGUGUUUGGUACUUUUACAGAAAGAUGUAAAUACUUCUUUUCAGUAUUGUGACCAAGUGUUAUCACUCAGCCAACUUAUCCACAAACUGGGGCUGGUAGCUUUCCAAGCAAGGCUUAAAAGAAAGGUAUUUUUCUUCCUUUUUUUAAAUGUAUAAGCUACAAAUUAUGGUAUAAUUUGAAAUUAUGAUUAUUUUUCAAAAGAAAUGUUUUGAAUCGGUGGAAACUUGUUGAUUUUUUCCUAAUACUUAUCUACCAUGAUAGCAUCAUUCCACCCAGACUUACUGAAAAUCUACUGUUGAGGCAAAUAUUAUUUAUACACACACAUAUAGAUAGAUACAGAUAUAUCUAAUAUAUAUCUAUAUAGGUAUAUGUAGAUAUAUAUAAUAUACACAUAUAUAUGUAUGCUGCAUAUAUAUUUAUAAAAUUUCUCGUGAGAGUUCUAUGUAAAAAAAGUGUUUCUUUGGUUUUCUUCAGCCUCAGUUUUAAAGUUUUACAAAAAAUACAGCUUUUCUUUAAAGUUACCUUUCAGUUAACUGUGUGAUCCAGUUCUUCCAGCUGCUUCUGUAAUGAGGCACAUAUUAAUACAGUUUUUACAUGGUUAUCUAUGAAAGAGUUCAUAGAGCCUAAUACUUGAGCAAAUGUAUUCAAGAAAGAAAGCAAAUGAAAAGGAACCUAUUUAUGGAAUAAACUCCAGAUCUAAAAUCCAGCGUUUUAUUAAAAUGCCAGCAGUUCUUACUGUAUUUAUUAAAACUUGUAUUAAUGUGAUUUUUCAAGGAUAUUCAAAUUGAAAUGGUUUUAUGCUACUUGGCAUUCUUUAAUUUAUUUGUUGAGGUACCAUGUAUUUAGGGUGCUAGAUGGCAAAUAAUGUUAAUAUGUGCAAUAGGAGCUACUGGUUUGAAUGUGUAAAUGAAUGCCCUUUCUGAGUACUGGCAACAUCCAAAGAAUAUUGGGAGCUCUCAGUCCUCAAUGAUGUGGAAAAGAGAACUGAGUAUUUGCCCUGUGACUGAGUUUUCUAUAGAAAUUUUAUUAAAAAAUUGUUUAAA